AUGGAAAAAUAUAAUCGACAAAAAUUAAUCGGCUCAGGUGCUUUUGGUCAAGCAUGGCUUGUUCAAGCUAAAGCCGAUGGAAAACAAUUGGUUAUGAAAGAAAUAAAAAUUGCUAAAAUGGGUAAAAAAGAACGUGAUGAUGCAAGAAAAGAAGUUGAUGUUCUUGGUAAAAUGAAACAUCCAUAUAUUGUAUCAUAUUUGGAAUCAUUUGAAGAUCUGACAAGUUUAUAUAUUCUAAUGGAUUAUUGUGAUGGUGGUGAUUUACAUUCUCGUAUAAAAGCACAACGUGGUAUUUUAUUUAAUGAAGAUCAAAUACUUGAUUGGUUUGUGCAAAUCACAUUAGCACUUAAACAUGUACAUGAUCGUAAAGUGCUUCAUCGUGAUAUUAAAUCUCAAAAUGUUUUCUUAACCAGUGAUGGUGCAGCUAAAUUAGGUGAUUUUGGUAUAUCUAAAGUAUUAAAUACAACAUGUGAAUUAGCACGCACACAAAUUGGUACACCUUAUUAUUUAUCACCAGAAAUAUGUCAACAAAAACCAUAUAAUAAUAAAUCCGAUAUAUGGAGUCUGGGUUGUGUUUUAUAUGAAAUGACAACACUUAAACAUGCUUUCGAUGCUGAUAAUAUGAAUGGUCUUAUUAUGAGAAUAGUUCGUGGAUCAUUUAAUCCGAUUCCACCAAAGUACAGUGGUGAUUUGCGAAUUUUAAUAGCAUCAAUGCUUAGACGUGAACCACGAGAACGUCCAUCCAUUAAUACAAUUUUACGAAAACCAUUUAUAAGUCGACGUAUUUCAAAAUAUCUACCAGAAGAACAACAUAAAGAAGAAUUUAGUCAUACUGUUAUACAUAAUAACAAAGUUUCAGUUGAUCUUGUACAACCAAAUGUGAACCGACCUCCAUCACCAUCACCUCGUCCAUGGAUAGUUCCAAAAGCAAUUGGUAUUUCUCCGCCUCGUGCAGCAGUUGUUGCAAAUCGAAUUUCAGUUGUACCAAAAGUUUCUCCUCAAGAACCAAUUAAAGCAUCUCGAGGUCCAUCAAUCGUUAAGCGUCCAGUUUCAGCUGCUCGUUCUGUAAAUCGAAUAUCAAAAGAAAAAAAAUCCGUUGAAGUUAACCGACGACCAAAUUUAUCUGUUGAUAAAGAAAAUGAAAUAGAUAGACGUCGUAAAGAACUUGCUAAACAAAAAGAAGCACGAGAAAAACUAAUUAAAGAACAAGCCGAAAAUUUAGCUAAAAAACAACAAGAAUUUAUUGAAAAACAACGAAAAGCAGUGAUACAACGAGAUCGAGAAUUUUAUCGAUUAGAAUUAACAAAAAGUUUACCGGAAACAUCAGAUGCUAAAGAUCAACGUGCAACACCACCGGUGUUUUUACCACAUAAAAUGAAUCAAAUAUCUAAUCCAUCAUCAGCCAGAGAACCAGUUAUUGGUUCAUCAAAAGUUAACGUAGCAAAAGUAGCUAAUGAUAUUCAAUAUAAUGGACAAUUAGAUAAACUUAAACCAAAAAUAACCGAAAAUGAAAAGAAAAUAGACGAAUUUAAACAAGCACAAAAACCAAUAAUUGCUAAUCAUCAUUUUCGUCCAAAAUCAAAUGCAAAGAUUGGUCGACCAAUACGAAUAGAAAAUAAACGACAAGUUCAGUUAAAUAAAUCUCAUGUAAAAAAUCAUAAUGGUGUUGUUAGUGUAUUAAAUCAAAAUCUUAAAGAAAUUCGACAAAAAAAUCUUUUAAAUAAACGAGAAUUUAUACGAAAACCAUUGAUUAAUAAGCCUUAUGAUUAUUUGCAAAUUAACAAACGUUAUCGUCUAAAAAACAGUGAGCAAAAACAACAAGUUCAAGAAGUUUUUAAAAAAAUCGAACCUGUUGAGAAUAAUCUUACUGAUUUAUUAAAUAAUAUUGGUGUUCAUCCAACAAGUUCUGAACAACAAAGAAAAAAUAUUAAUGAAAAAAUUAUUCGAGAAGCUUGGCAAGAAUGUGAUGUACUACCUACACCGCGUUCAUUGUGGAAUCAACAACCACAUAUUGAUUCUACAGUUCUCAAUCGUUUUACACCUAUGAAUGAUUCAUCUGUUUCAAAUGCACCUAACUUAAUGAUUCAAGGACAAGCAAUGAAUAUUAUUAGUGAAAAUAGAUCUAAUCGACCAAAAUGGUCAAAUGCAGCACGAGGAACAAUUAUUAGUGUACUUGAACGUGCUCCAGCUCAAGAUCAUACAAUGUCAAGUACAACUGAUUCAACAGAUAAUAAUCAAACAUCACAUAUUAGUUUAAUAAAUUUAGCAAAACGAGUUGAUCCAAAUAAAAAAAAUGAAACUUAUGUUAUACCUAAUACAAAUGAAUCUAUAAAUUUAACAUGUGAUAUAUCAAAUAAACCUAUUAUAAAUGAUCUGACUGUUGAAGAUUGUGAUUUAACAUUAACUAAUCAAACGAAACAAAAUGAUUUAAAAGAAAUUUCAAUAAUCUCGGACGAUUUUGAUCUACUUGAAGGUUUAACUACUGGUCAUUUUGAUGCAAGAAAUAGACUUCUUUUACGAACUAUUUCUAAUCCUGAACUACACACAAUUGAUGAAGUUCCAGAGGAAAUAACAAUACAAUCAUUUAAAUUUACUCGAAGUUUAUCUGAUUUAAAUGCAACAAAUACUAUUAUUGAAUCAUCACAAGAAGAUAUUUUUACAUGUACAAAAUUUCAACAUACUAAGAAAAGUAAUUCAAUACCAAGUAAUCAAAGUUUUGAACAUGAUGAUCAUGAAGAUAAACAAAUAUUAUCAUUAACAUUAAAAAAUUGUUUAAAUGAUGAUGAAAUUAAAUUAAAACAUACAACUAGUGAACCAGUUAUAAAAUCAAAUAAUGAUAAUGAUAACAAUGAUGAUGAUGAUGAUGAUGAUGAUGUUUGGUGUAAUCCAGAAGAUGAAAAUAACCUUGAAAAUCGUGUUAAAUUUGAUCAAGAAAGAAUCGAACAAAUACGACAAAUUCUUGGUAAUGAAAUCUUACAAAUGAUUCUUGAAGCAUUUGAACAAAAUGAAACAGAUAUUGAAUCAUUAAAAAAACUUAUACCAGAAGAUAAACAUUAUUUAUUUGAUUCUGAUUUUUUAUUAAUAUUAACAAUGAUAAAUACACGAUCAAUAAACUAA